CCUGAACGCGGGAUGUGGACUUAUUCGGACGCGGCGAUGCUGGAUGAGGAGGCCCGGCGUGUCCUUCAUAUGCAAGCAGGGCGCCUGUGCGGAGCGGGGAUGCUGUUUAUCAGCCUCUAUAAUACUCGGAGCCGCAAGCCGGAGGAAAGGCUGCUGAUCGUGCGCUGCAUACUUAUAUAUUAGCAGGAAGGGUUAGCGUUAUUGUUAGGAAGUUUGGGUUAGUGUUGUGCAGGACAUCCUGGUGCGCUAACUCGGCAAAUUACCGAGCUAAUCUGGCCCGGUAGCCUGGCUGCUAAACUCGGUUUAGUUAGUGAGGAUGAAGGUCGGGCCGCGGAUUCCCCGAGCAGGACACGUGUCGGGCUCUGGAGGAUUACCCCGCCGCUUUGGUUAGGGACCCGGCCCAUCUGAAGUAAGGCUGGAAAAGGUUGCCUCUGGUUAUGGGAGGUUUAAAGAGCAAGAGCCAGUACGCAAGAAGUUUUACGCAAAGUGUGCAGACUGUCACAUUAAUCCCUGGUGAUGGAAUCGGCCCAGAGAUUUCCACCGCAGUUAUGAAAAUCUUUGAGGCGGCUAAGGCUCCCAUUCAGUGGGAAGAGCGGAGCGUGACGGCAAUCAAAGGGCCCGGAGGGAGGUGGAUGAUUCCCCCUGAGGCCAAAGACUCCAUGGACAACAACAAAAUCGGCCUAAAAGGACCUCUGAAGACUCCCAUCGCUGCCGGCCACCCUUCCAUGAACCUGCUGCUGAGGAAGACCUUUGACCUGUACGCCAACGUGCGUCCCUGUGUGUCCAUCGAGGGCUACAAGACACCUUACAACGACGUGAACCUGGUCACCAUCCGAGAAAACACGGAGGGGGAGUACAGUGGAAUCGAGCACGUGAUUGUUGAUGGAGUUGUACAGAGUAUUAAACUCAUCACUGAGGAUGCCAGUAAGCGUAUAGCUGAGUACGCUUUCGAGUACGCCAGGAAUAACCAAAGGACGAGCGUCACAGCGGUCCACAAAGCCAACAUCAUGCGGAUGUCCGACGGCCUCUUUCUGAGGAAGUGCAGAGAGGUGGCGGAGAACUUCAAGGACAUUAAAUUUACGGAGAUGUAUCUGGACACCGUCUGCCUUAACAUGGUGCAAGAUCCCACACAUUUCGAUGUACUUGUGAUGCCAAAUCUGUACGGCGAUAUCUUGAGUGAUCUGUGUGCUGGUCUCAUCGGCGGGCUGGGAGUGACCCCUAGUGGUAACAUCGGGGCUAACGGUGUCGCCAUAUUUGAAUCGGUCCAUGGAACAGCACCGGACAUCGCAGGGAAAGAUCUGGCCAAUCCCACGGCUCUGCUGCUCAGCGCCGUCAUGAUGCUGCGGCACAUGGGGCUGCACGGCCACGCCAAGAAGAUUGAGAGUGCCUGUUUCGACACGAUCAGAGACAAGAAGGUUCUGACCAAAGACCUCGGUGGAAACUCCAAGUGCUCAGAGUUCACGGGCGAGAUCUGUUCCAGAGUGCAGGACAUGGACUGAGAAGAUGCUGCUACCUUAUGAUGUCACUGUCUGUAUGGGGGAUGCUUCCAGAAGCUGCAAAGAUCAGACCUCGACCUUCAACCCUUGCACUGUUUGGCUCGCCUACAUUAAGUGUUCAAAGGAAAACACCUGAAGCUCUAACUUCACGAAUGUGGCUUUUCUUCUUUCUGCUCCGAAAAAACAACUCUUCCAGCCUGUGACCAUUCUGAACUGUGUAUUUUUUUUUCUUUUUAGUCAUUAUGUAAUGUAAGUUAUUGACUGCUUUUGGUGUUUCUUUUCUGAUAAAUGUCACACUUUGCAGAUUUGCCGUUGUUAAUGGUGGGUAUGGCCUUAUCUUUGUUUCCCUGUGGUUUGCAAUGGGGUAUUUUUAAAGGUUUUGUGUCUGCUUUAUUUUUUUAAAGAUCUGGACCACUGCAUCUUCAAGCACAGAAACUUAAAAUAAAAAUAUUUCUGGCAUCCAAA